AGUGGGCAGAGACUUUUUGGUUUGCACUCCACUCCCCCACACGCAUACUUCCCUUCCCUUUACGCUCUUUCUCUCCACCUUUCCUCCGCCAAUCCUGCCGGCAAAGUGACUGGAAAAUGCUUCACCAUCCGCUUCCUCCGCCGUCGCCGACCAGCUCAUCCGUUUCCUCUUCCGAUCUCGACACCGAGUCAACAGGCUCGUUCUUCCAUGACCGGAGCACCACACUAGGAACCCUAAUGGGGGUAACGUUCCCCGCCGCGGCCGGAGGCGGCCCUCCUUCUACAUCAGAUCAACUCCAAUCAACCCACCAAUUCGCCACCCCCGCGGGCACGAAUCCCAAUUCCAACUCCAGGAAGCAGAGGAGGGCCAGGAAGAGGAAAAUCCCGCCGCCGCCGCGGCCAGCGACCGCGGCGGCGGAGAGGCGGAGGAGGUGGUGGAGUCUGUGCAGGGACGCGGAGGCGAAGCCGGCCUACUCGCUGGGGGAGUUCCUCGAGGUGGAGAGGAGGUACGGGGACGCCGCCUUCUUCAACGCCGAGGAGGAAGCUGCCGCGGCGGCGGCGGGUGCGGAGGUGGAAGGUGGGUUCGUCGGACGGGCGUUGUUCGCCGAUGGGAGGGUUUUGCCGCCUGCCGAAGCUGUUGGUGGUGGUGGAGGUGGUGGUGGCGGUGGGGCAUCGUCGUCGGCGGUGAGAGGAGCGCUGAGCAGAUUUCCGGUGUCGCUGACUGGGAUCUGCAGUGGUGGUGUGGGAUAAGAUGAAAUAAAUAAUUUAUUACUUUUAAUUCACCAACUCCGAAGAUUUGCUUAUUUUGGCUGGAUUUGUUAAUUUCCAAUUGUUUGUGGACUUAAAUCUCUUGGAAUUGCUCUGAAUUUGUUUGGUUUUUUGUUGAGAAAAGAUGAGGAAUAAUUUCGAAGUGGGAUAUAGUUUUGACUGGUUAUUUUGAGAAAAUUGAUUGUGAUAGUAGAAGGAAAAAAACAUUGAUGGAGCUAAUUGCCAGGUUGCAUCUGAUAUACAGAAAAUUCAGAGGAGGAAAAGAGAGUGUGUCUUCUGGUUUGGCUUUAUUCCUGAUAAUAGUUUUGUCUAUGUUUCCUGAUAA